AUGAAAAAUAAAAUAUAAUUUACUGUUAAUUAGAUAUAAAAACCUUCAGAAUAUAAUGCUUUAUUGGAUAAACAUUUAUCAUGUUAUUUUCAAAGUAAAUAAGUAAUCAAGACUUUAAACAGAGGUAGACUAAUUAAUAAAAAAGGAGAAAUCCUUGAUUAUAGAUUAUAAAAAUAAUACAUAAGGUAUCAUUCAGAAUUUCCACUUGAUAAGUUACCACUGUUGGAAAUUCAGGGAAGACUUCAUACUUAAAAAUAAAGGGAAAAAAUAAAAUCUCAAAGUGUUAAUUUGACAUAGGAAUAAUUAUCGUACCACUUAAAUAAUACCUAUUUAAAGAAACCUGAAAUAUUGGGAAGAAGAAAAAUAAUAUGA